UUAGCAAAAACCCUGUCACUCUGCCCCCAACCAUGCUCUCCACACUCCCUCCCUCCGAUCUUCUUCUCGGAAACCCGUUCUCCGCCUUUUCCGGCGGUUUCACGCCGUGGGACUGCCACGACAUCUUCUCCCCCGCCACCCCCAUACCCGUCACCUCAAGCUCCGGUUCAGACGAACCAAACCAAACCCAUGAAAAACCCAAACCUGACCCCGACGAACUGGACCGCCACGUGGCAUCUGUCAUGGACGAGCGAAAACGGCGUCGCAUGAUAUCGAACCGGGAAUCGGCCCGAAGGUCGCGGAUGCGAAAACAAAGGCACCUAGAGAACCUACGGAACCAGUUGAACAAGUGUAGGAUCGAAAACGGGGAACUCAAUAACCGUUUACAGUUCGUUGUGCAUCACUGUAACCGCGUUCGAACCGAAAACGAAUGGCUCCGCUCCGAACGAACCCUUCUGCGCCAAAAAGUCUCCAAUUUAACUCAAAUUUUGGUUUUCCAACAAUUGCAACCUUUCAACCCUCCAUGGACAUGCAAUACUUCCGCCAUCGUCACAGAAUAA